GAUCCACUCUGUGUAGCUAUGAACUACAGCCAUCAGAAUACACUACAGACCCAAGGGCUGCCAAGUUGUGUCCUAAAUAUCCUGUUCCAGAGAGUGCACCUAUUCCAUUCUUCCAUCGCUGUGCUCCUGUGAACAUUUCCUGCUAUGCCAAGUUUGCAGAGGCCCUGAUCACCUUUGUCAGUGACAGUAGUGUCUUACACAGGCUGAUUAGUGGAGUUAUGACCAGCAAAGAGAUUAUAAUGGGACUUUGCUUGUUAUCACUAGUGUUGUCCAUGAUUUUGAUGGUUAUAAUCAGGUACAUUUCAAGAGUGCUUGUCUGGAUUUUAACAAUUCUUGUCAUUCUGGGAUCACUCGGUGGUACAGGAGUCUUAUGGUGGCUCUAUGCUAAGCAACGAAUAUCUGCCAGUGCUGUUGAGACUCAAAUAGCCAAAGACAAUCUUCAGGCUCUUCUGAUCUAUGCCAUUUCAGCUACAGUCUUCACGGUUAUCUUGUUCUUGAUAAUGUUAAUUAUGCGCAAACGAGUAGCUCUCACCAUUGCCUUGUUCCACGUGGCCGGCAAGGUCUUCAUUCACUUGCCGCUGCUAGUCUUCCAGCCGUUUUGGACGUUCUUUGUGCUUAUCCUUUUCUGGACGUAUUGGAUCACAGUCCUGCUUUUCCUUGGUACUACAGGUAGUCCUGUUGCAAAUGAAGAAGGAUUUGUUGAAUUUCGGAUGGUAGGCCCUUUGAAGUACAUGUGGUGGUACCAUGUAGUGGGACUGAUCUGGAUCAGCGAGUUCAUCCUAGCCUGUCAGCAGAUGACGGUGGCAGGGGCUGUUGUGACAUACUAUUUUACAAGGGAGAAAAGGAAUCUGCCAUUUACUCCGAUUCUGGCAUCCGUUAAUCGCCUUGUCUGUUACCACCUAGGAACGGUCGCAAAGGGGUCUUUCAUUAUCACACUAGUGAAGAUACCACGAAUGAUUCUUAUGUAUAUUCAUACACAACUCAAAGGAAAAGAAAAUGCUUGUGCUCGCUGUAUGCUCAAAGCCUGCAUCUGCUGCCUUUGGUGUCUAGAGAAGUGCCUGACCUACUUAAAUCAGAAUGCGUAUACAGCCACAGCUAUCAACAGUACGAACUUCUGCACCUCAGCAAAGGAUGCCUUUGUUAUUCUAGUGGAAUGCCCUGCCAUAAACACGGUUGGGGAUUUUAUGCUGUUUCUAGGAAAGGUCCUGAUUGUCUGCAGUACAGGUUUGGCUGGGAUUAUGUUGCUGAAUUACCAAGGAGAUUACACCAUCUGGGUGCUGCCACUCAUCAUUGUCUGCCUCUUUGCAUUCCUGGUUGCUCACUGCUUCCUUUCCAUUUAUGAAAUGGUGGUUGAUGUCCUUUUCUUAUGUUUUGCCAUCGAUACAAAACACAAUGAUGGGAGCCCUGGGAGGGAAUUCUACAUGGAUAAAGUUCUCAUGGAGUUUGUGGAGAAUAGUAGGAAAUCUAUGAAAGAAGCUGGCCGGGGAGGUGGAGCUGAGGGCAGAGAGCUAAAACCAAUGGCCUCUGGAGCAAGUUCAUCUUGAAACUAGCCAGCCAUAUUGGAACCCAUUGACAUUCCAAAACAGUAUAUAUAUAUACAUAUAUACAUACAUAUAUAUAUAUAUAUAAAUAAACAGCCAAAAUCAGAGAAAAGGAACAGGGAUUUAAUACUUUUUUUAACAAUUAUUUUUGUGAAACAUGUACUCUUUUCAUACGGGUGGCUUUUACAAGCAGCUUUAUCAUUGUUUCAUUUUUUUAAUUAUUCAUUGUGGUCAUGGAAAAGUUGAUUCUUAUCUGCUUGACAUUUUACAAUCUGGAGGAGGUAUCAUUGUAAAGAUAAUCUGAAAUGAUGACUGGUUUUAGAAACAGAUUUCCCAUGACACUGCUUAUCUUCUGAGAGUUUUACUUGUUUAGUUUGUUUAGUUUGUUUAAGUUUGCUUUAGAUUCAGGACAGUUACGUGUAAGGAAACCUUCAAAUCAAGAAAAGUCUCAAAUUUAGUUUUUCAAAAGGUGGUUUCAGUGAGAGUUCAUUCAGUUCAAAUGGGUUUGUAAGUAGUCAUUUUACUUUACAGCCCUGGUGGGGCACAGUUUUUUUUGUCAGUAUCAGAUAUCACAAUAACCAACUCCUCAGGUAUUCAGGUGUGUGGGAGCCCUUGCAUCUCCUAUUAAACAGAAACUAGAAAAUGGGGACAGAUAAUUUUUAUAUGCAAUUAACUUCCUGUUUUACCCUAC